GCAGCGCUGUGCUUGGGACGGAUAAGAAGAAGCAGCAGGGCAGGCGUAUGCGAAAAAGUUUAAAAAUAAACAAAUUCCGUUUUAAAUCAAACUGAUAUUCAAUUUUCCGGGCGCGCAGUCAAGUCGUAGCAGCCAACACACACACACACAUAAAGGAAAGUGAGAUUAUUAAACAAAAUUUGCGCUCUCACACGGAACCUCUGUUCUUGGACGUCGGCUCAUCAAUAUUGGGAACCAUAUCAGUUCGUUCUGUUCACUUCGUCGUGGCGCACGGGAAUCAGACGCCCAGCAGCGCAAAGCUCUUGCAAUGAUUGUCGCACACUUUAUAGGCUCAAGCGGAUCCCUUCCAGAUCCGAGCCACAGUCCGUUUCAGCGAAAUGCGCUACAUAAAACCGGAGCCGUACUAUGAAGGGUUACCACCAUUCAAUGUCAGCGGCAGUCCGUUUAACGUGGUGCCCAUCCACAACUACCCGGAGCUGAUGAAGGACACUUGCGCCCUGAUCAACGCCGAGUGGCCGCGUUCGGAAACGGCGCGCAUGCUCCUGGAGGCCUCCUGCGACACCCUGCCCUAGCUGGUGCUGACCACUGAGGGCAUGUGCCGUGUGAUCGCCCACCUCAAGCUCAGCCCGAUCACCUCGAAGAAGAAGGCCUGCUUCGUGGAAUCCGUGGUGGUGGACAAGCGGCACCGCGGCCAGGGAUUCGGCAAGCUGAUCAUGAAGUUCGCCGAGGACUAUUGCCGCGUGGUGCUCGAUCUCAAGACCAUCUACCUGUCCACCAUCGACCAGGAUGGAUUCUACGAGCGCAUCGGCUACGAGUACUGCGCUCCCGUCACAAUGUACGGGCCGCGCCACUGCGAACUGCCCAGUUUGCAAAAUGCCAAAAAGAAAUACAUGAAGAAGGUCUUAUAGACAUCAACGCCAGUAGUAGUGGGCUUAGCCAAAUUGGGCCGUGCCGAGUCCGAUCAGAGAGUGGCAGUGAACUAGUCAAAUUGGCAAACGCUUGAAAUUCUUUACGGGUUAUACCUGCCAGCAGCUGCUCCGAGCCAUAACCUGCGGACGCCAGGCAGUCUGCCAAAUGCAAAGUUGAUAGGAUUGCCUCGUUUCCGUUCCACAGGCGAAUUGCGAGGCGGCAAAAGCUUUUAAUUCCAUUACACCGAUAAGCAAACAUUCACCAAACGCUUGUGUUGAUUUUUGAAUAUUACUUUCCGCAUGUAUUUUGUAAACUUUUUGGUUCUUUUUGUAUGACAAAGGUGACCCCGGGCUGUUCGGUACAUGUAUAAGGCUAAUGUUAACCUAAUCCUAAAACUGUUUAGCUAUUAUCGUUUGUUAUAGUUUUGCUCAAGCGUGUGCGUAAUUGCUCCUAGACGAAUAUCUACCUGCCUGCGAUGAUAAUAAGAAGCUCAAGUAUCUUCCAACGAAACAUAGCAUAUAGACAACAUAUCGAGCCUUAGCAUUAAGCACCCAACGAAGGCAAUAACUUCCAAUAAAACGUGUAGAAACUUAA